AUGUUCGACAAACUCCGAGCCAAGAUCAACUCUCACCACGACUCCCACCCCCUCUCCAAGCAGCGCGCCGAGUUCCUCGCCAUUAAGGGCGAUACCCCCCUCGAGCGCAAGGCCCACUUUACGCACGAAGUCGUCGGUGCCGCUGCUGCCUACGAGGCCUUCAAGGCGUUCGAGAGGAACGGGUCGCAUGAUGCUGCUGGUACCAAGAUUACUCACGCCAAGGCCAAGGAGGUGAUUGCGGGAUUAGCGGCUGGUUAUGUAGUCAAGCUCGUCGAGGAGAGGAAGCUCCCCUUCACUUCCGAGAAGGACAAGGCCAAGUUUAUCGCCAACGCCCAAGUCGACGCUACCCGCGACGCCAAGCGUGCUGUCAGAGAGUCUGGUCUCUACGAGCACCACGAGCUCGAGGCCAUUGACAAGGACGAGAAGCACGCGUUGAAGGUGUUGUAA